GAGGAGGAGGAGGAGGAGCUGGAGACCAGUCGUCUCGGGAUUAAUUGGAGUAUCUGUAACGUUUUUACCGUCAGUGUAGAUUUGAUUCAUCGCUAUGAUUAAAGCCUACUCUCACUCCACCACCGUGCCAGCUCUCAUCCAUAACAGUCUCUCCCAACCAUUCGAUAUCCGAUUUGGUGCUCGACAAGCUUGCAUCUUGUCAGUCACUCCGUUCAACUACGACAUUGAUUGUCUAUGGAUCCGACGCGAAAUCUCCAUCGCCACAAAGAUCCACGUGUACAGUGUAUCCUCCUCUACGGUUAUAAAUGCUGGGCUUUGCGCAUGGAGGAUCAGCGAUGACUGGAGGUAUUUGGCCACCACUGCUUGAGGACUAGCCUUUGAUUAAGGCACACCGACAUCGUCUCAAAUGAGACAGUCCGCACUCGCUGGGACCAUGUCGCGGGGUUAUCUGAGUCAAUCUAGGAAUGAGGAUGGAAGUCCUUUGAGCGCGUCCCCCGUCGCCCGCCUCACGAGCUCAGUUAUAGUGCCCUCGAUCCGGAGCGCUUGCCCGUCCGGAGGUGUUGCAAAGGAAGGUAAUUCCGUGCUCGUCUCGACACGGUUCGUGAAGACAUGGAAGUGGUUCCUCGACCUUCGGUGCUCGGUCUCUGUUGCUGGAAAAGAGAAUAGGUCUAGCAGUCCAGAUUCGUUGUCGCGAAUCAUUCCGUGUGGAGAAGUACAAUGACAUCAUCGAGGUUGGACAGAUCAGGCAUGAUCACAGCCGCACCAAGUACAAGCAGGCGGUGAGCUUUAAAAUUCAACAUUCACACUAGUUAAAUCUUGAGAUCAAGCCCUGUUGGCCGAAAUGUUUGAGUGGUGCUGAGUGGCUAUGAGUACACAGCAGGCCGAGGUCGGGCAGGGCAGGCAUGAUCACAGUCGCACCACAUUUCUACACGUCGGUCACGUGUCGGAGGCUGAUGCAGCGGAUUGGGAGGUCUCGCUGGACUGAAAUCUCAGUGACCUGUUGUUGGCACUUACAGCCAGCUUAGGCAUGAGUCGCUACAUAUCAAGAAAGCUCUACCACUAUGGGACUGGUUUCGGUUAUUCUAUAAAAGUAGUCCUGGCAUGUAUGACUAUUAAUAACCAAUCUGGGGUCCUCUGAAGUGUUGCGAUCUGGUUCCUGUCUAGGAUGUUUUUUUCUGUUUUCUGUAAACAACGGAUAUUAUGCGCAAACAGAUGCUGCCCACGUCGAAGCCUGUUGACCGUUAGUAGGCGGGCCGUCCGUCCUCCAUUACAUUGUUUAGAUCGGCUCCCAGGGAAAAGGAUGUGCUCGGUGCGGUCUCGACAGGCCGCAGCGGAGAUCAAUGCCCCACAUAAUGGAGGAAUCUGAAAGAACUCCCGCACAGAUGUCGUAGAAAGUGCAGGAAAAGUGCUGCAUUCCGAACAUUAAACAUCAAAUACCCUAAACGGAGCUGCGAUGGUCGCCAAACCAUUUCUAGCGGAUCUUGACGUGUUCUAAGGUCUUUUGAACUCACUGCUCCAGCCCAACGUAGAAAUUUCCGUAUUAAAAGCCUUUAGGCUGGGAAAGUUCCCUACUCAACCUUCCAUCCCACCGCAUACUAGGCCUCUCAUAACUGCUCUGAGCUACAAAGAGCAGGUUGAUCUCAUCCCCUCAAAAUAUUCCCACCAAGGAGUUUUCUCAGCCGGAUUACGCACCGCUGGAGCCGCUAAAACGUCAGCAGUUGGUCCAGGAGCUCAGGCUGCGACAGAGGAGCGGAGGACAAAACCUUGUCCCCUCUUGUCUUUGUCAGUAGUAGCAUUCUGCCUAAAACGUGGCUCUAUUUAACAAGGACAUAAUCGGGUGGAUGUCCCGGUUUAUAUGGACUCAUAUGCGUAUGUCGCCACAGCUGAAACAAAUGACAAAGGUGGCGGCAUAACCGGCUUCACACAGGCAAAAAACAAAAAUGUUUAUGUAUCAAUGCGCAAAGUCUGCUAUCUAAAUAAAAUAAUCCUAAAAUUUUCGUAAGCCAAACCUUGCCAGAUGUCAUAUUUAUAAUUGAAACGUGGCUCUCCACUAACGUAGAUGAUCGUGAAGUCGCUCUCUCCGAUUUUGGCUUGUUUAGAAAGGGUAGAGUGAGACGGCGGGGUGGGGGUGGGCUCACAUAUGUCAAGUUUGGUUUGCCUUUGUCAGAAAAAAGGGCAAAGCUCGCACGCACAACUGAAAUAAUUUGACUCACAAUCGGGACCCAUUACGGUCAGCUCCAACAUGGCGUGGAAAUUUUUACCAAAUGAAAAUCAACAUUCGUCGUAUGGACUGGAAAGCAGCAUUUACCGAAUGUGUUCUUAAAGAGUGCUUAGAAUUUAAGGCCUCAUGUCAUGGACUUGUUACCAGUUUCUGCCCUAGAUAGGAAAAUGUGAUUAUCGGCAAGCCUCGAUGGCUAAAGGGCACACUGAAGAGAGAAGUGGACCACAAGCGAAAGCCCUGGAAAACUUAUCUCAGGGAGAAGAACAUCGGGUCAGUGAAUAAGUACAAGGCUUAGAGAAAUGGGUAAGGCGCUGUUUAUAAAACACGACAAAACUUCUAGAGCACUCUGCUAAACGGUUCAGGAGAGAACUCAAGGCGUUUCCACAACUAUAUAGGACAAAGCACUUGCGGUAAGGAUCCCCGCUUCUAUUUUAAAAUGGAUGCUGGUGUUGAACUUUCCAAGGAUGACAAAAAGACAGCAUCUAUUUGCAGUACGUGACCUCUUAUGAAACCUGAUGAAAAACUGAUAUGAGAAUCUCCGGAGGUCCAAAACUUUACCCACUUUGCUAACUCAUCCAGCCUCUUCAAUGAAAUGUCCUUUUCUUUUGCAGAACAUGUGACGCGUAAUUUUAUCAUGCAAAAUAUUCUUGAAUUUGAGCGAAAGUGGACAUUGCGAUAAAGCUGGGCAAUUUCCCAUGCUAAUACCGGUCCUAGACCCCGUUUGCGCAUCUGAGCGUGUUUUUCUUUGAGAGGAGAGUAAUUUACCCUCGGGAGUUUUACUAAACAGAUCUUGCCGCACUUGAACGUUGAUUUUUUGUCUGGUACUAACUGUGGGAAUCCGCUUGCUAACAAACAGGUUAUUUUCAGAUAAUCAGACGUUUAGUCAAUUCUUAGAAGUCAGAUUAGCAGAUCUGUGCGAUUUCACGCCCUAUGACAGUUCGACCAUCGGUUUUGAUGAUGUCCACCGUGUGCCCCACAGUUGCAGCAGCAAUGGGAGCAGGGACGGUGACUUACGCAGGGGUUUAUAGUGCCGGUAGACUUGCGUAGCAUCUACCUGCACUCUCUCCUCCCUCGCCCGAGCCCGGUGUCAAGACAGAGUCAAGAAGACCGGAGACGAGAGAGGCCGCAGGUUAAUGGCUCGGACGGAUCCUCACCUUGGCGUUCCACCACACCCCCUGGUCCACACAACAAAUAACCAGGAUUUCAACCAACCAUAUGUUUCACAUUUAUGGAGUGAAUUAUCACACGCAAACUGAUACAGUGUUCAGAGCAACAUACUCUUCUGCAUGAUGCGCAGCAUGAAUUCCGUAGAGGAGGGUUCUGCCUGAUCAAUUUGCCCUACAGUCUAGAACGCUAGACCCAAACGAUUGAUAGAGAAAAUGUGGUGCAUUUAGCCUGAAUAGACCUCAAGAAGGCCUUUGAUAGUGUGCCAGGUCAACGUCUCCAAUACAGGCUCAGACGCAUAGGUGUAAAAUGCAAGCUUUUGAAAUGUGUCGCAAAUUUCUUGAUUGGUAAAUCUCAGAUUGUCCGUCUUGGUGACCAACAGUCGACUCGGGCGACGUUGAGAUUGGAAUUCUUCAGGGAUUCGUUCUUUGUUCUUUCCUCUUCCUUAUAUAUAUUUAUGACUGCAACCGUGGGUUAGACUGCGACAUCGCCAUGUUUGCUGACGACAUAAAGCUCUGGAACGUCACCGCAAUGAGGACGAUAAGGCGAAUCUACGGGCAAACUUGAAGCGACUCGAGCAAUGGUCAAAACACUGUCUCCUCAUGUUCGAUGUCACCAAACGCAACAUUCUGCGUAUCAAAAGAAAAGGAAGCGUUCACCGGGAGAGGUCUAUUGGAGGUCUGACGUUUCGAGUAGUUGUUUCAUCUACCCAUUUUCAAAGACUGGGAAUUCAUGCGCACUUUGAUGCGUGGCCCGCCAAUGGCACCCGUGUGGCUGCAUCCGACCGGCAUGUCACCGUGACAUAAAUUGCCCCGCCCUCGUCGGACGCGGAUCGAUCGGUCACGAUCGAACCGAAUGACAGAAUGAUGUCAUCUCACUCUUCACGUCCAUACCAGAGACCCCUGCGGUCGAGACGCCCAGUGACCUGCUACGUCAAAAUUACGCUGAGGACGAUGGCCAGUCCGCAGCUCAGGAUCUCAUAGAACUCAUGGGGCACUGCCUCGAUACAUCUUUUACCUUCGAGGGGAUCACACAUGAGCACAUAAAGGGCACUCCGAUGGGUUCACCAAUCUCAGGGCCCAUUGUCAAGGCGGUCCCGCAAAAACUCGAGAAGCGACUGUUCGAGAAGUACAAACCCAGGUUUGGGGCGCGCUACGUUGAUGAUAACCUUGUAAUCAUCGAUCAGGAUAAGAUUAAAUACAAUGAAGAGCUGCUGAACUCAACAGUUGCCGAUCAGCAAUUCGCGAUGGGAGAGGAAGUGGAGGACAAACACCAUUCUUGGAUGUUCUCGUCUGCCUCAACCAAACGACAAACUGGCGACGUCAGUCUCCAGAAAACCGGCGAAAACACUGCAAAUGGUCAGUUACAAAAGCAACCACCACUGCAACACAAACGAAGCUGUAUACGCACGCUAAAUCGAGUGUAGGAAACUCAUUGCAGCAUGCCAGCCGCCAAACUGGAUGAGACGAAGUUCCGCCAAGAACUAUUCUGAGCCAACGGCUAACCGUGAGCAUUCGUUGAACGGAGUCGAAGGCAACCAAGAAAGCGGAAUGAAAAACAUAGUCAGCUACAAUCGUGGCGGAGCAUUCCGUAGAUGAAAGGUGUCUCCGAAGCCGUGGAUAGAUCACUCGCGCCGCUCGGAAUGGGCGUGCCCACAGGCCCGACUCAACGAUCCGUCGGAAAGUGAUGUAUCCAAAAGGCCCGAUCCCUAAGCAGAUGUCGGCCGUUGUCUACCGACUGCAAUGCAGCUGCGAGAAGUGCGACUACACUGGGGAAACCGGCCGAUGGCUACAAACGCGAAUGCACGAGCAUAAGUUGGCCGUGCGAAGAUUGGACCCAGAAUCAGAGGUAGCAACCCAUGGAGCGCAAAUGGGACACAACUUUAACUUUGAGGCCGCUGAGACUGUGGGCCGAGGUGAUGAUCAUACGCCGAAGCAGGUGCGAAAGGCCUGGACGUCCACCGACUGCUCUGUCAACCGCCACAUCAAUUUGCCUCUCCCCUAUCUGACUUUACGAACCUUCUUAACGAGGUACAGUUACGGCGCGAGACAAUCAGGGCCGUCAAAUAUCUCCGCGGCCGACGAGGGCUGGGACGAUUUAGGUCACGGUGACAUGCCGGUCGGAUGCAGCCACACAGGCGCAAUUGGCGGGCCCCGCAUCAAACAAAGUGCGCCAUAUAAGGAGAGUUAUGCGCAUAACUUCCCAGUCUUUGAGGAUGGGAAGAUGAAGCAACUACUCGAAACGUCAGACCUCCAACAGUCAUCUCCCGAGGAACGCCUCCUUUUCUUUUGAUUUACCACCUGGGAAUCGCAUUUUCACUACUAUCGAUUCUGCGAAUCGUCAGAACAAGCUCUGCGCACUAAAUCCAAAUCACACACCGCGGCCAGAGAUAAAGGUUCAGAAUUAUCUUGGCGCGUGGAUCACAAUCCCACUUAAACUAUCAUUCCACUGCUCUAGGCAGCGAAAUCCUAGUCAAGUUUAUGUCACAUCAAGCGGGCAUUUGCGAAGUUCGAGUAAGUGUGCUAUGGUAAUGCCUUAGGGAUGUUAGCGAGACCACAGUUGGAAUUCGCCAUUCAGGCCUGAAGACCCUGGUCUGUCAAAGACUGCACCACCCUCGAAAGUUUGACGGACAACCAAGCUUGUCAGAGGCCAAAGCAACCUACCUCACGAAACCGUGCUUUCCAAUAUUGACCUCUUUCCCCUGAACUACAGACCGCUACGUGGCAACUAAAUUCAAGCUCUUCGCAUGCCGCGAGGCCAGGAUUGUUGCCUCGCAUCCGACGACCUCUUCGAACCGGCCACCACUAGUAGCUUGGGACGGCAUCCUCUCAAACUAUGCACGACUGGGGCAAGAGUGGACGCAAGGAAAUCUCUUCAGCCAGAUUGAGUAG